GGAGAGGAAAAAAAAUGAAAACUUUUGUUUUUGGUUGUGCGGUUGAAAUAAAUUAUUGCUUUAAUUAAUUGUCCAGGCUUUGAAACGCUUUAAACAAUGAUUGAAAAGUUUUUUCUGUCUUUUUUCGUAUUAACUUUCUACCUUUUCCCAUCUUCGUUGGAAAAUAAUGUGAAUGGCAAUCUUGAUUCUAAAGAAUUUAGUUCUGAAUUGGAUCCUGAUGGUACAAAAUCUUCCUGGAAUUGUGAAGUUUUAGAUGCGUGUGAUGAUAAACAUGGAUUUGAAGCAAUUUUAAUGCUUCAUCAACGCUUAGAUGAUGAUGCAAAUGGAAACAUUGAUAUCUCUGAAAGUGAUGAGUUUUUAAGAGAUGAAUUGAAUUAUGCUAGUGGAUAUGAAAGACAGAAAAUUUUCCAUAAGAAUGAUAAACAUAUCAGUGUUGACGAAUUAUGGUCUACCUGGAAAACUUCUGAGGUUCAUAAUUGGACUGUACAGGAAACUAUACAGUGGCUUUUAACAUAUGUUGAUCUGCCACAAUAUACAAAAAACUUUGAAGAAAAUUCUGUCGAUGGAACUUCUCUUCCAAGAAUGGCUGUAAAUAGUAUGCAUUUCUUAUCAAAUUUGGGAAUUAAAGAUCCAAUUCAUAAACACAAGAUAUCUCUUAAAGCGAUGGAUGUUGUUCUAUUUGGCCCUUCAAGAAAUCAUAAUUAUUUUAAAGAUAUUAUUUUAUUAUUAUCCCUUGGCAUUGCAACAUGUGGAUGUUGGUUUGCUUUUAUGCAACAUAAAAAGUCUCAAUCACAACUAAAGAAAACAAUGAAGGAUAUGGAAAGUUUACAGCAUGCUGAAGAAUCCUUGCAAGAGCUCCAAAAAGAACUAGACAAAGCAAAAUUAGAGCAGGAGAUGGUAGUUACAGAAAAAAGAAAUCUUGAGCGAAGGUUACAAGAUGAAAUAAUAACAGUCAAACUAAAACAUCAAGAUUCAUCUGGAAUUUCUGAUGUGGAUCAGUUGAAAAUUCAACGAUUAGAGGAGGAGUUGAGGAUUGUUACUGAAGACUUACGAUGUGCAGAAAGAGCUUUACAAGCAAAAAAAUGGUUCCCAUCUCCAGCUUUGCAGCAUUGGCUCCAGUUGACUCAUGAGUUGGAAUUACGUCAUUAUAAUGAAAAGAAAACAGCUGCAGAAAAGCAGUUAGCUGCUGCAAAAGAAGGUUGUGAGAAAUUGCGCAAGAAAAGGACUAGCUUCAUGGGGGCCUUUCGAGUUGCUCAUGGAAGUUCAAUUGAUGAUGUAGAUAACAGAAUUUUGCAAGCAAAAUCUGCACUUUCUGAAGUUACAAAAGAUUUACAAGAGAGGCUUAAUCGCUGGAAGCAAAUUGAAGUUUUGUGUGGCUUUUCUAUUGUGCACAAUCCUGGAAUAAGACAUUUAGAAUCCCUUUUAGGCACAUCAAUGAAUAUUAUCGCUUCCUCAAACAGUGUAACACCAAGAAUGACAAGAAGAAAUAGUGAAGGAACACUCACUGAUGAAGAAACAACAUCAGUUACUGAUCCAGGGAUAUCUGCUAGAUCUUUGGCCAACAUACCAUUUGUUUGCAAUCAACGUACAGGAUUAAAUUUGAAUUUUGGACAAAUGCGCAGAAGUCCAUCAUCAGACUUGAAAUCUGUUGCUUCUUCCAGUGCUAUAUUGCAAAGGUCAAAUGCAUUUCAUAUUGAUCUUCUUUCAGAUUCUUCAUUUUUAGAAGGUAAAGAUGUUAACUCAGCAGAAGAAAUUUCUCCUGAUGAAAAUGUGCGACCAAUGUUUACAGUUGGAAGCAAAGAAUUUGUCAUAAAACCUAUGCAGAGAGUGUCAGAAUCAGAAACUCGUGGCUUUCUACAAGAUCCAUCACUGUCAUUCUUACCUGUAGAAAAUGAAUCUGAAAGCUCUGGUAGUCUCAAAUACAUAUCUGAUCAAGAAAGUCAUAAAAUAACAUCAAGAUCAGCUGCAACAAUUCCAACUUCAGAAGGUUAUGCAGAUAUUCUGAACAAAAAUUUUGAUGCCAGCACAAUUAAUAAAAAAUAUAAAAUUUCAUAAUUCUUACCUUUAUUAAAGGGUUGGAUUUGAUGUUCAGAUCAAGGAAAAAACCUUUUUGUAGAUCAAAUGUUCCUGACUGUGAUGACAAAAUGAAUAUUUUUUGCUAAUUUUUCAUACUUAUUUAAUUAUGCAUUAUUUUUAUACCUUUUAUUGUUGAAUGUUUGAAAGUUUAAUUUGCUUGUACAUGAGAAAAUUUUGAAAUAAUUUUAGUCUUUUUUAUGAGUAAGAUUCUUUUAAAUGUUAAAGCUUUUUUCUGGAGAUUUAAGCAUGUUAUAUACAGUAUUUCCAUUAAGCAUGUUUCCAUGUUUAACCUGCAUCCUCUCUAUUUUCGCAAAUGGUCAAAACAAGAUGCAGAAUUAAAAUAUUAAAAGUUUCAAUUCAAACCACUAUACACUUUUUUAGCCAUUUACAACUUUUCGGGGGCCAUAUUGUGACUUGAUUUUUUUUCCCCAUAUUGUGCGCAUUUUCUAGCGUGUGUUAACGUAUCAUAGUAUAACAUUUCCUUUAAUUUUCCAAAAGCAAGAGAAAUGGAAAAUAUUUACUGUUCUCUUUUUGAUUCAACAAUUGCCAUUAUCCGCGUUUUUGGAUUCUAGGCUUUAUGUUUCCAUCUCAUUUUUAUGAUCAGUCUAUUAGAAUUUUGAGCUCAAAAUUCUAACGUAGCCUUGAAUAUUGGUCAAAAAUGUUUCAUUUUUUUUUUUUUUUGUUGGUAUUGUUUUCUUUCGUGCUUGGGAUUUCCUUAAAUAUGAAUGUGAGGACCUGGAUGUAAUAUGAAAAAUUUAGCAACUUAUCAACACUUUUUUUGCUUCAAAACUUAUAAUAUCUUAAUCCUGCUUAUGUUUUGAUCAUUUUUGCUAUUGGAAGUAUUCUAGAUCUAACGUUUGCAAAAAUAGAGAUAAUGCAGGUUAAAUGCAGACAUUCUGAGUGUAUAUACAUAUGUAAACAAUACUUAGUUGUUAAAGUUUACUAUUACAUUAAAUCAGCACUUUCCUUUCUUAAAUUAUGAAUUUAAUUAUUGUCAUUUAUACAAUGCAUAAUUAGAAUUUAAAAAGUAUUAAGUUUAAAUGUCAGAGGGAUUUUUUAAAUUAAAGACUGAUAUGCAAUUCUUUUGUGAUAGUACUGUGGAAAGAAUUGUAUAUGUUAUUGAAGAAUAGCAUCUUGAAAUAUUAAUCAUAUUUUAUAUGAUCAGAAACAAAUUUUGUGUGAAACAAAACGCUCAUUAAAUGAGAUGGUAAGUAAAUAUGUUGUUUCUUGCAAAAUUGAAUUCAUAUUCUUCAAUUUUAGGUUUUCAUAUCUUGUCCUUCAAUCUUGCAAUUUGUCAAUAAAUCAGAAAAUCGAUUAAUAAUUUUAUAAAAUCUAAUAAUCACUUUAUAUACUUUUCUGUAGCUAAGAACUAGUAGAAGUUGAAUUGAAUUGUAAUGUGUGUUAGUUGUGUACUUGUAGUUUAGAAAUUGUUUUUUUUUUUUUUUUGCAUAAAAUUUGAAUUUUUGCUGCGUCUUUGUUGUAUUUCUACAUUAAAAUUUUUAUUUUUGGUUUACCACUUCUUAAGAAACUAACUACACAUGAAGUGAAAAGUGAUGAAGUUCUUUCAAGUAAUGAAAAAAAAAAAAAUGUGCUUAACAACUUAAUGAACAAGAAAAAUGAUUCAAAUUUCCCAAAGAUGAAUGUAUCAUUUUCAAAAAAGCAAUAAUUUUUUAUAGUGUAUUUUAUUCAUCACAAAAAUCAAAUAGCUAUUUAUCUUACAAAAGCAUGAGCUUUAAUGUCAUUGUAAUUUUAAUAUGACUCCAAAAAAAUAAAAAAUCCUUAUAAAAUGACAUUUUAUGGUAACCAUUAUUUAAAAUAUGCUUAUAAAUAUUAAUCAUAGUUUCAAAUGCGCUCAAACAUGUUUUUAAAUAGUUCUAAUCCUUGCUUUUCACUCAUAUUCACUUUUAAUUAAUUUUCUAUCACUCAGAGUAUGUGUUAGUAUAUUUUAUUAUAAAAAAAACUGCAAGACUUCUACUGUCCUCAGAACUUACUUU